AUGUUUCUAAAACGCAUCGACCUCACUACUGCGCUGAGGCCGUCUUACUUGCCAGAUGAGGUCUUGCUGUUUGUCCAAGACAAUGUGGGACUCUAUGAGGGGAAGUUCAAGAUUCCGGACUAUCAGAAUGGCCAGGUCUACUUGACGUCCCACAGAAUCUGCUAUGUCGAUAACGAAGAUCCACGGAAGAACUCCACAGCCAUUGAUCUGAAGGAUGUAGACAGAUAUGACUUCUAUGCUGGCUUUCUUAAAUCGUCUGCCAAGAUCACGCUCGUCCCAAAACCUACCAAAAGAUCAUCAAUACAAACUCGAGGAGUAUCUAGCCUCAAUGGACCCUCAAGAAGCGCUACCACGUCUCCAGCACGCGUCGACAGCCCUUUCCAUCUACCAAGUUCAGAGCCUGCACCUAAAAGUACCGGGACGUGGAUAUGUCCUAUCUGCUCCUUCUCGAAUCCCGUUCCUUCCAACUUCGAUCCUUCCACGGCUCCCGAAACCAUACCACUCCCUCCAUGUCUAGCUUGCGGAAUAAAGCCAACUUGGAAACUUGUUAUGAAGGCAGCAAUAGCAAAUACUAUCAAUCGACCAGUGCAAUCAACCGAAGGCCCGGUGAAAUCUCCAAUACCAGUUCGAGCACGCUCAGAUGCUACCCGGCCACAAUCAGAUAUAUGGCCAGAUCCACAAGAGAACUCCAGCCGAGGUGGGAACUCCCAAGCGAGCGAAGGGGCAUCGUUUCAAUGUCCGAGAUGUACCUUCGCAAAUCAUCCUUCAUUGCUCUCAUGCGAGAUGUGUGGAGCACAAUUGAUUUCACAAGACAUUCCUGUCGGUCUAGGCAAUCCUAAUCUCCGCACAGAAUCUCCUGGGCCAGUUCUGAACCGACUUCCAGCGCCAGGAACGGAGAAUAAUGAAAGUAUCAAAUUAUCUUUUCGUGGUGGAGGAGAAAAGAUAUUCUAUGAGCGUCUGCAGGGAUCGAUGACACAACGCAAGUGGCUUCUGCAGGGUGCACCACCAGUUCCAAAACCUUCUCGUGGUCCAGAACCCGGGUCACCUAGCUCUAGAUCAUCUACGCCAACCGGUGAACGAGUGAAGACUGCUGGUAUUGCUGGCCUUGAACAGAGACGUUUGGAAGUACGGAAGAACAACGAGCUUGCUAUUGGAAACGCUUUUGAGGAUCUCGAGACCCUGAUGGCAUCAGCCAAAGAGAUCGUCGCUCUUGCCGAGUCAUUUGCUGCCAGCGGAGGCGUAAACGGCGAAUCCAGUGCAGUUGCGAAUGCUCUCGGAUUAGUCACUACGAAAGACAUGCUAGGUGGAGGAAGCAAUUCAGAAUCCCUCUAUAUCUCAGAGCUGUCCCGCAACUUGGCCGAAUUCUUGACCGACGAUGCUCGCGGCGUCCUGAGGAAAGCUGGAGGAAUCAUCAGCCUGGUCGAUCUCUGGGCAAUGUUCAACCGUGCUCGAGGAGGCGUUGAGCUCGUCAGUCCUCUUGAUUUUGAGAAAGCUGCAAGGUUGUGGGAGAAAUUAAAGCUUCCAGUGAGGCUAAGGCAAUUCAAGAGCGGUGUCCUGGUAGUUCAAGCCAGUGACCGAACCGAUGAAAAGACUAUCAGGGCUCUUCUCUCAUGGUUGAGCGAUCUACAUGUUUUCCCUCCGGACAAAGAUCUAGCCUGGGAUUGGCAAGUUUUCGGUAGAGGUGUGACCGCACAAGAUACUGCCGAGCGAUUUGGCUGGAGCCUCGGCGUUGCAGAAGAAGAGCUCGAGAUGGCCGAGGAAAGGGGCGCACUAUGCAUAGAAGAGGGUAUCGAAGGCCGCAAGUUCUGGGAGAACUGGAUUGACGAAAAGCACGCUCCUGAAGCAAGCAGGCUGUACAACGCUAUAUGA